CUUCAAUUCAGUCGCUCUCUAACAGUAACAACUAACAUUUCAGACCACAAUGAGAAGCAAAGUAGUGAAUAUCAUUUUUAUUUUUGCCGUCGCUGUAGGAAUCGCUGACGCGUACUUACGUUUGGACAAUGAGUCAGAACUUAGAGAAGCUCAGGCGGCACUGUUCAAUACUAAUUCAGAAUCAGGAUGGCUUUUGCUUAAUUACGUUAGCGAUAGCACGGUGCAUUUUGCAGCAGGAGGAGAGGGCGGACCAGAUGAUGUGGUUCCCCAUUUAGAAGCUGACCAGAUCCAGUACGUAUUGAUUCGUGUAGGAGGAAUACAAGAAGAAGGCACAUCAAAAACAACCUACCGUGAUGUGUUCAUCGCUUGGAUUGGACCUAGCGUCGGCAUUAUCGAAAAGGGCAAGAAGACGGCAUUCCUUGGAGACGCUCAAAAUAUGCUACAACCCUUCCAUGCUAGCAUUACAGCGCUGAACAGUGAUAAAAUUAACAAGGAAAACAUUAUCGAUCGGUCGAAUCCACUUUCUGGUAGUCAAGUAAUUGAGUAAAACAACAGCAAUUUUUGAACUAUCCGUAAUAAACUUACCAUUGCAAUGAA